CUUACAUACUUGUUGAAAAACGUUUUAUCAUUAUGACUUUUUUUCUCCAAGUGAUCAACUAUAUUGUUUUGGCUAAUUGUUUCGCUAUAUAAUUCGAGAAUAAUUUUUUUUAGUUUAGUAGUGAUUGUGAAAUAUAUAUUUUGUGUGUUUGACUUUUGGAAAGACAACAAAUUUACUAAAAUUAGUCUGACGAACAACAGAAUGAAAGUACAAAACUGGUGCAAUACUGUAUGGAAAUCACAGUUUGUCAUUGUUUUCCUGUUGGUACUAUGUGGAUUUAGUAAAGCAGCACCUAAAAUUAUGUAUGGCAUGCGAGAUAACUUCGAAGAAGAUAAUUCAUACGUAUCAUUCGAAGAUUUACCGAACUACGAUGUACCUAAAUUGCAUCAAUUGCAAUUAAGUCCUUUAAAUAUUCCACAAUCGGAAUUAUUUAAUGAAUAUAUGCAUAUGCAACUUCCUGAUCCUAAUUAUGAUUUGGAUCUACCAAAUGAAAGUCCACCAAAACAUCCCGGGAAAAAACGAUCACCAACGCAUAAAAGGCCAAGUAAGUUUUAACAUCAUGUUUGGCAUGUAUAUCUCUCAUUCUGGGACAUUUUUUAAACGGGAUUCAACUAUGUCAUUUCAAACUAUGCAACUUGGGACGAAAGAGAGCGACUCGUUAUUUAGAACAGAUUGCUACAAUAGAUAAUAGAAAAAAAUGAUUGGAAUCAACAGCCGUCAUCAAUCAUUAAAUCCCUCAUAAAAAAAAAUGAUAACAAAAGAAAGUAUAUAAAAAACAUAUCUCUACGUAUAUAUACUUACUUUUUUUAAUAAUUUUCUCCUAUUGUCUGUCAGUCCGUUUUAUCGUACGAUUUUACCUACCAACGUUACCAACACAAUUAGUAUUUUUUUUAGUCUCUAGAUAUAGAAAAAUAAAACUAUAUGUAUGUGUACACCUCCUACAUUUGCUUAAAAUACUCUAUUAUUGUUGAUUGGACGCAAAAUAAACAAAAAUAUCUCUGAGUAUGCUUUGAUAUAUGUUUACGAUCACGGUACCUUCUUGGUAUAUCCUAUUGCCUACGAACGAUAAAAAAGAUUAUGUAAACAGGGUGGGGGAUUUUAAUAUAUUAUGGCUAAUAACUCGUUUUGUGUUUAACCAAUCAAAAACUAACUUGAGUAAAAGUUUCAGAGUUUGAUAUGGGAGACAUUAUGUUCUGACAACAGUUGGUAUCUAGUUUCCCGGGUUGUUUUAAUAGUCGAUUUAGAUACUAAGCGAUAAGAGUUAGAAUAUCACUUUCAAUUUGAAAGUUGAUUUUAAUAAAAAAAAUAGUUAUUUCAAAAAAGCUAGCAGCCAUAAUAGAUUAAAAUGGGCCAACCUGUAUAACUUUUUCAUACAAGCAAAUUGCAUGCAAAUAUUUCGAACUCAUAUCAUAUCACGGAUAUCGUUGAUAUUGGUUAAAUGUAGCCCUACCAACGAGGCAACGAGUUAUUUUCACAGUGACUUGUUGUCUUGAGUGACUCGCUAGAAAAACAUAAUGCUCACCUUGUUAAACUUAAAUUUAAGGAAUAUAUUAAUCAAAUAUACCAAUUUAAGAAAUGUUAGAUGCCGUGAUCGUUCUACCUUUAUAUUAUAUUUAUUGUUUAGUUGGUAUGCGUGGUAGACGACGUUAUGAAUACAACUCAAAUCAAACACAAUUAUUGUUUCACCCUUAAGUAUUCAAGGUAAACCAAUUAAAACACAGAUAUUUUUUAAUUAUAAUUAUUGACCAGAGCAAUAGAUUUCAUGUGAAAAGCAUUGAAACUAAAAAAAAAUGUUUGAAAUAUAUGUUAAGAGAUUUCGCAGUCAAAAUGUCCCAAACUUUGACCAACAAACCCUAAAAUUUACAUCUUUUAGUACUUCUGUGGAGGAUUCUAGAAGUCCUGUUUCUCACACGUAUGCUUCGAGGUUCGAAAAAAAUUUUUGUUCCCUAACAAUUUUUUGUUUUAAUAUGUUGUCUUUUUAAUUCAAAGUUCUCUAGUUUGAUAAAUUUCCGUAACUAUCACAUGCAAAAAGAAAAUUUUACCUUUAUUUAAGCAAAGGCGAGGAAUACUUAAGGAUCAUAUUUAGUAAAUUAAGAGUUCAAAUCAUAACGUUUGCGUUUUACUCAGAUUCUAGAAUCACAAAAAAACUCUCCUCCAUGCUUUCGCAGACUUUGUGAGAACAUUGAAAGUUUUAUUUGAGAUAUAAGUUAUUUCCUACAUUUUUUGAUCUUUAGAAUCAAUUUUUCAAACUCAUCCGUCAGGCAUUUUUCCUCCAUUCGUAUUUUUUUUAUGUUUUUAUUUUUGUGUGUCGCAUUUAAGAUGAAGACACCCUCAUAUUGGAAUAUCAAUUUGAAAUUUUUGCACAGUCAUACAGGGCGAUGGGUUAACUAACUGCAAAUGGACAAUUACUACAUAUAAAGUAAACAAAAAAAGUAAAAUAAAUUAAACUACUACAAAUAGACAAUUAGAUCCGAUUCUUCAUAAAUUGCCUAGCGUUAAAGAUGGUUAGAGAUAUCGAGAAAAAAAAACUAUUCGAAAAAGUUGCUUACGAUAUCUUUAACCAUCUCUGGCGCUAGGAAAAAUAUUAAGAAUCGGCCAUAUUUGUGAAUUUGUAGUAGGCUGAGUUUAAAAUUAUGAUUUCGAUUAAGUAUCUUAAGAAAUGUGACCCAUCCAUCACUCAGUAUGUCCGUCCAAAAUUUCAACUCGACAUUCCAAUAAAUAACGAAAAUAUGAGAGUGUCUUAAUCUUAAAUGCUACUCACUUUAUAAAAUUGCCCCUCUGGAUAAUCUUGAACAAAAUAAAAUCGAUUCGAUGAGUUACAAAUGUGAAAAUGAUCUCAAUGGAAACUUUCAAUGUCCACAGAACGUUUUUCAUGCGUCUUUAUUACUCCUAUUAAUUACCACAUCAAUAUUUCACUUUAAAUAAAGUAUUUAAAUUACAAAUUGUCAAAUA